UCAGCGUGGGGGGCUGGAUUGAGCUGACCACAGGCCACACCAGACUCCCUUCUGCUCCCGAGGAAGACCGGGCAGCCCGGCGCCACCUGCUCAGCUCUCACGAACACUCACACAGCUGAUAGACAAGCUCCCUUGGGCCUUUGCAACGUCACUGCCUGGAAGGAAAGAGUCACAAGAUGCUCACUGGAGCCUGGCUGCGCUGGGCCUCCCUCCUGCUCCUGGCCAGGCCCGCCCAGCCCUGCCCCACGGGUUGCGACUGCUUCGUCCAGGAGGUGUUCUGCUCAGAUGACCUGGCCACCAUCCCGCCGGACAUCCCGCCACACGCCACAGACAUCGUGUUUGUGGAGACCUUGUUCACCACGGUGGAAACCAGAGCCUUUGGUAGCAACCCCAACCUGUCCAAGGUGGUCUUCCUCAACACGCAGCUCCGCCACUUUUGGCCAGAUGCCUUUGGGGGGCUGCCCGAGCUGGAGGACCUGGAGAUCACAGGCAGCAGCUUCUCAAACCUCAGCGCCAACAUCUUCUCCAACCUGACCUCGCUGCGCAAGUUCACCCUCAACUUCAACAUGCUGGAGGCGCUGCCCGAGGGUCUCUUCCAGCACAUGCCUGCCCUGGAGUCCCUGCACCUGCAGGGAAACUGGUUCCAGGCACUGCCCAGGAGGCUCUUCCAGCCUCUGACCCGUCUGAAGACGCUCAACCUGGCCCAGAACCGCCUGGCCCAGCUCCCCGAGGAGCUGUUCCACCCACUCAGCAGCCUGCAGAGCCUGAAGUUGAGCAACAACGCACUCUCUGGCCUCCCCCAGGGGGUGUUUGGCAAACUGGGCAGCCUGCAGGAGCUCUUCCUGGAUGGCAACAAGAUCUCAGAGCUGCCCCUAGCGGUGUUCUCCCAGCUCUUCCGCCUGGAGAGGCUGUGGCUGCAGCGCAACGUCAUCACGCACCUGCCACUCCCGAUCUUCUCUUCCCUGGGCAAUCUGACCUUUCUGAGCCUGCAGGGGAACGGGCUUCGAGUCCUGCCUGCCGGCCUCUUUGCCCACACCCCUCGCCUGGUCGGCCUGUCUCUGUCGCAUAACCAGCUGGAGACUGUGGCUGAGGGUGCCUUUGCCCACCUGUCCAACCUGAGUUCCCUCACGCUCUCACACAAUGCCAUUGCUCACCUCCCAGCUGGCAUCUUCAGGGACCUCCAGGAGCUGGUCAAGCUCUACCUCUGCAGCAACAACCUGACGGCCCUGCACCCAGCCCUCUUCCAGAACCUGUCCAAGCUGGAGCUGCUCAGCCUGUCCAAGAACCAGCUGAGCACGCUUCCGGAGGGCAUCUUCGACACCAACUACAACCUGUUCAACCUGGCCCUACAUGGCAACCCCUGGCAGUGUGACUGCCACCUGGCCUACCUCUUCAACUGGCUGCAGCAGUAUACCGAUCAGCUCCUGAACAUCCGGGCCUACUGCGCCGGCCCUGCCUACCUCAAAGGCCAGGUGGUGCCCGCCUUGAACGAGGAGCAGCUGGUGUGUCCCGUCACCCGGGACCCCUUGGGCUUUCGGGUCACAUGGCUGGAUGACAGAAAGGCAGGGGGCAGCUGGGACCUGGCUGUGCAGGAAAGGGCAGCCCGCAGCCAGUGUACCUACAGCAACCCUGAGGGCACCGUGGUGCUCGCCUGUGACCAGGCCUGGUGUCGCUGGCUGAACGUCCAACUGUCUCCUCAGCAGGGAUCCCCAGGACUGCCGUACAAUGCUAGCCAGGAGUGGGACCUGAGGUCGAGCUGCGGCUCUCUGCGGGUCACGGUGUCUAUUGAGGCUCGGGCAGCGGGGCCCUAGGAGCAGGGGCAGGUGGCCUCUGGGAUCCGACCAGGCGGCGGGUGGGGUGGAGAGGAGCUGAGUCUCUGAAGCCUUGGCUUCUCACGUGCAAGGCACAGGGUUACAUGCCCGAGGGGUGGGAGUGGAGUCUGGUCUGCUGCACUAGCCAGCGCCUCCUCCUCCUCCUUCUCUUCCUGCACUGCUUUUCCCGGAGUGUGAGGCUAACAAGCCCAUCCUAAAGCUUUAAAGCACCCUGGGAAGCUGCACCAUAGACUGGAGAAUAAAAUAUCUUCAGCCUGA